CACAAUCCAACCGAUGUCUUAACCUCUCUAAUACCCACUCCCAACAAGAACAAAACAAUAGCCAAACUUCCACUAAACAAAAGCAGGCUACUUAUAAAUCUCUCUCUCUCUCUCUGCCCCCCCAAUUUAAACCCUUCUUCAACCACGAAAAAACCCUACAAAAACCAAGGACAAGAGGGGUAGAAUAAGAAACCAUCAAUGGAGAAUAAACCAAAUAACCUAGAGGAAGAAAGCCCAUAUCCGAAAACCUCCCCUGAAAGCAGCAACACCAGCAAUUGUGUUGAGAAUCCAUCAACACCUAAAGCUAUAUCCAUAUCUGAAGCCCAUGGAUUUCCUACGACGUCCUUCAUCCAAGCAGACACAAACUCCUUCAAGCAAAUAGUCCAAAUGCUCACUGGCUCACCAGAAACUAACAAACAACCCUCCAAACCAGCAGCCAGUCCAGUGAAGACUGGGCCGAAGAAACAUGGCUUCAAGCUCCAAGAGAGAAGGAACAGUCUCAAGAACCUCAAAAUCAUCCCUGGAUUGGCUCUAAACUCUCUGCUUUCUCCAAGCCAUCCCAGUACUUUGUCACCAAGUGUGCUGGGUCUUCAUGAGCUUGUUCUUAGCCCUAUUACACCACCAAACUCAGAGACAAUUGACAGGCCAUCACCAUCAGGCUGUUUAUCAUCUUUAGAGGAAAAGGGCAUGGCAGAAAACGGGUUUUAUCUGCAUGCAACACCAGUAACAGCAAAAAGAGGUAUUUCCCCAGCAUAGUAACUACAAGUUCAGUCAUGGAUAGCAAGGAAAUAUUUCUAGAUGAAUUCACAUACUGAAGGAAGCUCCAGGGGAAAUCCUGGCUAUGGUAGAUUGAUGUUGUGCCCAAGAGAUGAAAGCUGAAGAUGGGUGCUUUGUUUGCUUGGUGUAUAUGCGAAAUUGGAAGAGUGGACUAAUCCGAAGGCACAGAUAUGUGGAAUAUAAGGCUUCACUAUCAACUUUCCAUAAGGGAAUGACUACUAUUGUCCAUUCUUUAGGAGGAAGCUACCUUUAGGAGGGUUCAAAUCCCUCGUUUAUGCUUUUGCUUUCUAUUCAUAUAAAAUUUUAAAAAUAAAACACUAUUCUGUUUUUGAUGAGCUUUUAAAAUAACUAUAAAAGACAUUCUUGUUAGUGUA